CCCGGCCCCCCCUCCUCCUCCUCCCUCACUCCGCUCGCUCUCCUCUCACUCCCACCGCACACUCUACGGGCCCUCGGCACGGGAACGGAGGCAGGAAUGGACACGGAAGGGAGCCAGAGCAGCCUGUCGUCCGCCGACUCCCCCCACGACCCCUGCAAAAUGUUCAUCGGGGGUCUGAGCUGGCAGACAACACAAGAGGGCCUGAAGGAGUACUUCAGUAAGUUCGGCGACUUGAAGGAGUGCAUGGUGAUGCGAGAUCCAGUUACAAAGCGAUCGAGGGGGUUCGGGUUCGUCACCUAUGUAGAUCAGGCGGGUGUCGACAAAGUCCUGGCGCAGCCCAGACACGAGCUGGACUCCAAGACCAUCGACCCAAAAGUUGCAUUCCCCCGCAGAGCGCAGCCCAAGAUGGUGACUCGGACAAAGAAGAUCUUCGUAGGCGGCUUAUCAGUGAACACUACGAUUGAGGACGUCAAGCAGUAUUUUGACCAGUUUGGAAAGGUGUGUAUCUCUCUGUAAUUGAGUCUGUGUUCA